CCCAGAUACACGGAGACCACUUGAGUCGACCAUUGAACGGGUGACUAUAAAAGGCCGGUGCUUCGGAGAAGUCUUCAGAGCACCUAAGCGAAAGCGGUAAAGUAACCAACUGCAGUUAGUUAUCCUUUCGAGCUGCCUGUAGUUUUCAAUGAAUUUUUCAAGCCUCCUUCUGCUGGCCCUUGUGGCAGUAGUCGCAGACUCGCACAGCAUUGCUCAGCCGCCUGCAGACCCUCAGGAGCCGUGCAGCACCACCACCCUCAAGCCACCGUGUACACCAACACCAGAGCCACCAUGUACCACAACAACAACAACGACUCCACCACCUUGUACCCCAACACCUCCGCCACCGUGUACACCAACCCCAGAGCCACCAUGUACCACAACAACAACGACUCCACCUCCGUGUACUCCAACACCUCCACCACCACCUCCACCACCACCUCCUUGUACACCAACACCUGAGCCACCAUGUACCACAACAACAACAACGACUCCACCUCCGUGUACUCCAACACCUCCACCACCACCACCAUGUACCCCAACACCUCCGCCACCGUGCACACCAACACCUGAGCCACCAUGUACCACAACAACAACAACGACUCCACCUCCGUGUACUCCAACACCUCCACCACCACCUCCUUGUACACCAACACCUGAGCCACCAUGUACCACAACAACAACAACGACUCCACCUCCGUGUACUCCAACACCUCCACCACCACCACCUUGUACCCCAACACCUCCGCCACCGUGCACACCAACACCUGAGCCACCGUGCACCACAACAACAACAACGCCUCCACCGUGUACACGAACAACUCCACCACCGUGUACGCCAACACCUCCCCCCUGUACCACAACUACAACGACUCCACAACCUUGUACAAGAACACCUCCGCCACCACCGUGUACAACAACACCCCCGUGUACUACAACAACAACAACAUGUUCCACAACAACAACAACACCCUGUGAAACGGCUGCCACAACACCUGCCAGCCUGAUCGAGAAGCUCAUUCCCAAGCCUCUGUUAGAUCUUUUCUCCGGCUCCACCAGCGUCUCCAGCGUCACCACAACUGGAGACGCCGAGUGCAGCGGAAGGGCUGACGGCAGCUACCUGCAGGACGAGAAGCACUGCCGCCGCUACUACGAGUGCCGCAGCGGACACCGAGUGCUGCACAAGUGCAGAGCCGGCCAGUGGUUCGACCUGGAGGAAGGCAAGUGCCGCCGUCGCAGCCUGGUGCUGAAUUGUCCCGCCAAGCGCAACUGAAGACGAAAGGAUCAGCGGAUAUGAUACGUGCAACAUGUAUAUCAACGUGUAUCCUAACCAACAGUAAUCCACUCAAUAAAUAGCAAUCUAAUCAAACA